ACUGUUGCCUAUGUCAUAUAAAUUAAUGCUGCUCUGCUGUGCUGCACUGCACUGCACUGCGGGUUUAAUUAAUUGAUCAGAAUUGAAUUGAAGAUCUUAUUGAAUAUGGCAAACACUACAGGCGGCGGCGGCGGCGGCGGCGUUUCUUCUUCUUCUUCUUCAUCGAUAUUUCGUCUGUUACCCCACACCCCCAGUAUGAAUAAUAUUAAGGUAUUAUUAUUAUUGUUGAUUAAUGUUUUGUUCCAUGCGGCAUAUGGUGAUGUUCCUGCACUUUUCGUUCUUGGGGAUUCGACGGUGGAUGUUGGAACCAAUACACUGUUGCCCAACUGCACCGUCAGAGCUGACUUUCCCAACAAUGGUAUUGACUUCCCCAACUCCACACCCACCGGCAGGUUCAGCAAUGGUUUCAACCUUGCUGAUUUUAUAGCAAGGAAUAUGGGUCAUAAGCUCAGCCCGGCGCCGUUUUUAUUUCUUGAAAGCCGCAAACAUGGUCUGCGAAAGGGAGCCCGUAAAGGCGUCAACUUCGCCUCCUCAGGUUCCGGCCUCCUUGACGUUACUGGUUCUACAUUCGGAGUUCUGCCCCUGUCGGAGCAGAUGAAGCAAUUUGUGGCACUUUACUACAAUGUUUCAGCUGUGAAUGGUGAGGCCUGGCUUCAAAAUUUACUUUCCAAAUCAUUCUUCUGCUUCAGCACCGGAAGCAACGACAUCUUUUGGUAUUUCGCAAAUAACUAUACAACGCCAGAACAUGAGUUCGUUGGUCUAAUGCUCCAAGAAUUUAGAACCGCCAUUGAGACUUUGUACAGUCUUGGCGCACGAAAAUUUGGGAUUGUAGGCGUCUCACCAGUGGGUUGCUGUCCGGUGAAAAGGCUUCUAAACGACACACUGGGUUGUUUCCAGCCCAUGAACCACUUCGCCAAAACUUUCAAUUCACAACUGCUUAGUCUCAUGCUCGACCUUAGCUCCGAGCUUGAAGACAUCCAGUACGCAUUUGGGGACGUUUACCAAAUGACAAUUGACUCUAUGAAAUAUCCCGCUUUCUACAACUUCAAUAACGUGGAGGCAGCAUGCUGCGGACAUGGAGUAUUAAAUGCAGAAGGGCUAUGUAACUCGACGGCAAAUGUAUGUUUGGAUCACAAGGAUCAUGUGUUCUGGGAUUUGUAUCACGCAUCAGAGGCUGCAGCUGAGAAAGAAGCACUUAAUCUAUUUGCCGGCCCAAAGGAAUAUGGCAUCCCAAUUAACUUUGCUACCUUGCUGCACCAGACCGCACCCCAAGUUAUGGUUAGGACGGACUGACUCACUACUCACUACUAUACUAUUCUAAUAUAAACUUGUGUGUAUGUUGUCCAUGCUUUAAUUUGCCUUGAUUAUUCAAUAAAACAUGUCUUACUACUAUCUGCACCAA